ACGAGAGUUGGGCCUCAUGCAGAACUUUGGGGUCUCGUUCUCCAUCAUUUCUGUCAUCACGGGCAUGUCAUCGCUGUUCUUCUAUGGACUGGGUCCGGCUGUGAUGGUUUGGGGCUGGAUAGUCGUCUCUUUCUUCACAAUGAUGGUCGGUCUCGCGAUGGCUGAGGUCUGCAGUGCCCAUCCGACGUCCGGUGGGCCGUACUUUUGGGCGGCCAUGCUUUCAGAGGAGAGCCAAGCACCUCUGGCUUCGUGGAUCACCGGCUGGUUCAAUCUCCUGGGCCAAGUCGCUGUCACGACGGGCAUCAGGCAUGUACUUUUCGAUUGAACGGCGGGGUGUUGAUCUGACGUCGACAGCUUCGGAUGCGCGAACUUCAUCGCCACUGCAUGUACCUUGAAAACAAGCUUUGUUCCGUCGGCAAACAAGACGAUCGGUAUCUACGCCGCUGUUCUCAUCGCGCAAGGAAUGAUCAACACAUUCGGCGUCGGCUUGUUCCAGAUCCUCAACAACAUCUCUGUCUGGUGGCAUGCCCUCGGCACAUUCUCGCUCGUGGUGGCGAUUCUCGCCAAGGCCCCGACGCAUCAGUCUGCCAAAUUCGUAUUCACGACGUUCAAUGACGGAACGGGCUGGGGCGACCGUGCAAGCCACGCUUACGUCGUUGUGAUCGGGAUGCUGAUGGCUCAGUACACCCUCACAGGCUUCGAUGCCAGUGCGCACAUGACCGAGGAAACCAAGAACGCUGCCAUGUCUGGCAGUAUCGGAAUCAUCAUGGCCAUCGGCGUCUCCGCCGUCCUCGGCUGGUUCCUCCUCCUCGGGCUGCUCUUCUCCAUCCAGGAUCUGGACACGACCUUGGCAAGCCCGACCGGCCAGCCGGUCACCCAGAUUUUCCUGGACACCGUGGGUGAGAACGGUGCAAUCGUUCUAAUGGUGAUUGUGAUCGGUGCCAUGUUCCUCUGCGGGACCUUCUCGAUCACGAGCAACUCGCGCAUGAUGUUCGCAUUCGCUCGGGAUGGCGGCAUUCCCGGACAUCGGUAUCUGAACUACGUCAGCACCAAGUGGCGAUCGCCCAUCCGUACCGUGUGGCUGGCGUGUUUCUUGAGCUUCUGCCUCGCGUUGCCUAGUUUGGGCAGUUCUGUUGCUUUCUCGGCGGCGACUUCGAUUGCAACCAUCGGGCUGUACAUCUCAUAUGGUAUCCCUGUCGCACUGCGGCUAUGGUAUCGCCACAAGUUCGUGCGCGGGCCGUUCCAUCUCGGGCGGUUCUCGUAUCCUGUCGCCGCGAUCGCCGUAUUGUGGAUCGGAUUCAUCUCAAUUGUUUUCAUCCUGCCAGAAGCCAACCCUGUAAACUCGCAGACGGUCAACUACGCCAUCGUCGCGGUCGGCAUCGUGCUGAUCUACAGCGUCGGCUUCUGGCUCGUUAGCGCGCGCAAGUGGUUCACGGGCCCUGUGCAGCAGAUUGCCGGUGAGCGUGCAACGACGUGUGUUGUGUGGAUCAUUCUGACCUGGAAUCAACAGCUGAGGAGAUGGGCGUUAAUGUC